AUGAAAGAAGUAGAAUAUCUGGUAAAGCAAGCAAGUUUGGGGAUUACAGCGGGCCUAGGGGCCAAACCACAAGUAGAGUUUCAUCUUGUUAGGCCUACCAUUGAGGGUGUUGCAGCAAUGACAAAACAACCUUUUCAAGAGGCUCAACCCUCUAGUGCCUCCACUGCUCCUACUACAACUACCACCCCAACUACCAUCGCUACUACAACAACACCAGCCACCACAUCAACCGCAUUUGUUGCAGCGACUAUUUCAACACCACCUCCACCCUUGGCUACAACAACUGUUACUCCAUCUUCUGUUGCUUCACAGAUGUCUACACCUACAAUUAAUCUUACAACUGAGACAAUAACUAUUCAUAAUGUGGAGUCAAACUCAAACCAGGAGGAGGUUGAGCCAGCAUCAAAUAAGGUAGAGCCUAAAAAGAGAAAAAGAAUCACUCCUAGUACAGAGAAAUGUAAGGAUCCUAUCAUGCAAAAGGUAUCAAAACUUCCAUAG